GUGCGGUUUGCACUCGAAACUCUGCAAGAAGGAGGGUGCUUCAUUUGCAAGUUUUUCGACACCUUUACACAUGUCAGCUGCAGCCUGCUCUAUGUGGCUGCGGCGCUUUUCCAGCAAGUGGAUAUUGUCAAGCCACGCCACAGCAGGGUCGUGAACUCUGAGCGAUAUCUGGUGGCGCAGGGCUUCAAGGGCCCAGCCACACCAUGCUUUGCGACGCUCCGGGCCGCAGUGCAGCGCGCACAAGAACAUUGGCCACGGCAACACCCUCGACCUCGUGCAGAUCCGCUUUGCUCGCAAGAUUGA